GAUGAGAGCACCGGGGACAGCGGACCGAGAAGGGAUGAGCUGAAGUCGGACUUUUACACACUUAUAUGCGACACAAACUAAUAAGUUGUCAUUUUUUUCAAGUGGCUUCACGUCAUAUGCGCGUGUAAAUGAUCUGGAGGCUGUUUACAUUCAGAGUAUGGGGAGAUACUGCGUCGGAUUUUAACAGACUGAGGAUACUGGAGGAAAGUUUAAACCCCUGCACUCCCCCUGAGGAAAGGUGAGACUUGAGUUUAUCUCACUAUUUGGUCCGGGGAAAAAAGUAGAGUUAUCACUUCUGUGGGAUUUUAGUCGCUUGUGUUCUGCUCCAACUCACUUUAACAGCAUGAGUGACAAGUGUUGCGCUGCGUAAAACCAGUUCAUCCAGCUCGACCAGGAGUUUCGACUGCAGCCUCACAGACUUCCAGGUACAGGAGGUUUGCCGCUCUUCCAACGCACCCCUGCAGAAAGCCGUUACACAUAAUGGCUGGUGUGAGCAAUGUCCACAUGAAAACCCUGGAGGACCUGACUCUGGACUCGGGCUACGGAGCGGGAGACUCCUGCAAAUCCCUCAGCCUGUCCUCCUCCAAGUCCAACUCCCAGGCCUUCAUGACUGCUCCUCACCGGGGCAACUGGUGGUAUUACUCCGGCUCCAUGAACAGCAGGAACAACAGCUGGGACACUGUCAACACAGUCCUUCCUGAAGACCCAGAGGACAUCUUCUCCAAAUGUCCCCGCUUACCAGACCUGGAAGAGUUCCCCUGGACCGAGGAGGAAGUGGCCAAGAUCCUGCGUAAAGUGGCUGAGGGUGCCACUAAAGGGGGCGCGACCCCUGUGUUCUCACCGGAGGCCGUGAGGAAGCUGUCGGCUCUUCUCCGCAGGGCUUUGAUCCGCAUCUCCAGAGAGGCGCAGCGGCUGAGCGUCAUGCACUGCCGCUGUACGCGCUUUGAGGUCCAGAGCGCCAUGAGGCUGGUGCUGAGCUGGGCCCUGGCCGACCACUGCGUCUCAGCUACGGUUAAAGCCAUCUCCAUGUACAGUAUGAGCGCAGGGGAGUUGCUGAGGAAGGGCAAGUCCGCCCGUUGCGGCCUCUCUUUCUCCGUGGGACGCUUCUUCAGAUGGAUGGUGGACACCCGCAUUUCUGUGCGCAUCCACGAAUACGCAGCCAUAUGCAUCACUGCUUGCAUAGAGGCUUUGGUGGAAGAGAUAGGAGCACGGGUGCUUAUGGCCGAGAGGGGUCAUUCAGGACCAGAUUCGGGGUCAUCACUCUGUCCCGUGAGUGCAGAAACCCUUGAGGGGGUGGUAAACAAUGACGCGGAGCUGUGGGGAGUCCUGCAACACUAUGAGCACCUGAUCUGCGGGAAGAAUGCCAGUGGCGUUUUGUCUCUUCCGGCCCAUUUCAGUCCCUACACGGAGAACCAGCAGACGUCUGUGGACAGCAGGGAGGAUGCCUAUGCCCAACUGGAGCUGAGGACGCUGGAACAGUCCCUGCUGGCUACGUGUGUGGGCAGCAUCUCUGAACUCAGUGACCUGGUGUCCCGUGCCAUGCACCACAUGCAACGCCUGAGCUCAGUACGUGCAGGGCUGAGCCCCGCCCGCCACGCCCGUCCCCAGCAGCCCGUGUCCUGGUCACCGGACGCCCUCCACACCCUUUACUACUUCCUGCGCUGCCCACAAAUGGAGUCCAUGGAGAAUCCGAACUUAGAUCCCCCACGCAUGGCACUUAGCAAAGAGAGGCCAUUCUUGUUGCUGCCACCUCUGAUGGAGUGGAUGAGAGUGGCCAUAGUUCACGCUGAACAUCGUAAGAGUCUGUUGGUAGACAGCGAUGAUGUCAGGCAGACUGCGAGGCUGCUUCUCCCCGGACUGGACUGUGAACCAAGGCAACUAAAACCUGAAUGUUGUUUUAGCUCCUUCAAGCGUUUGGACUCCAGAGCUGCCACAGACAAGUUCCAUCUAGAUCUGGGUUUUCGGAUGCUCAACUGUGGACGCACUGACCUCAUUGGCCAAGCCAUCGAUCUGCUGGGGCCAGACGGGGUCAACAGCAUGGACGACCAGGGAAUGACCCCACUGAUGUAUGCCUGCGCAGCUGGAGAUGAGGCCUUAGUCCAGAUGUUGAUCGAUGCUGGAGCCAACCCUGAUGUUGCGGUCCCACCAUGCUCCCCCAAGCACCCUUCUGUACAUCCUGAUAGUCGACACUGGGCCGCCCUCACAUUUGCCGUGCUGCAUGGACACAUCUCUGUUGUGCAGCUCCUGUUGGACGCAGGGGCCAAUGUGGAGGGGGCUGCGGUCCGCAACGGACAGGAGAGCACGGCAGACACUCCACUGCAGCUGGCUUCAGCAGCAGGAAACUAUGAGAUGGUGAGUUUGCUUCUUGCACGAGGUGCUGACCCCUUUUCAAAGACCCACGACGGAAAUGCCCUUACGUCAUCUCUGUAUGAAGACAUGAACUGCUUCAGUCAUGCAGCUGCACACGGACAUAGGAACGUGCUGAGAAAGCUACUGACUCAGCCCCAGCAAGUCAAAGAGGAUGUCCUGUCUCUGGAGGAGAUCUUAGCUGAGGGGGUGGAGGGUGAGGAGGCCGGCAUCUGCCCUUUCCUCCCGCUCUCCCCUCUUCCUACUCCUUCCUCUGGUCCUGGGGCCCUGCCAGAGGGAGGGAUACCCAAGCUCUGCAAAGCUAGGAUGAAGGCUCUGCAGGAGGCAAGCUACUACAGCGCUGAGCACGGUUAUCUGGACGUCACCAUGGAGCUACGAGCAAUGGGAGUCCCAUGGAAACUGCAUGUUUGGCUGGAAUCCUUACGUUGUGCUCAGCAGCAGUCCAGGGCAGGGGUCACCCUGUCCCUGCUCAGAGAGUUCACCACAAUCAGAGAAGAGGACUACUGCGAGGAGCUGGUCACUGUAGGCCUGCCCCUCAUGUUCAAUAUCUUACGCACCACCAAGAAUGAUGCUAUUAUACAUCAGUUGGCUGCUAUUUUUAGUCAUUGUUUUGGCCCAGCUCCUCUUCCAGCCGUCCCUGAGAUGAAAGCAACCCUUUCAGCGCAGCUAGACCCUCAUUUCCUGAAUAACCCUGAGAUGUCAGAUGUGACAUUUAUCGUGGAAGGGAAACCAUUUUACGGCCACAAAGUUCUGUUAAUCACAGCUUCUGACCGAUUCAAGUAUCUGCUGGCAUCCUCUGGACCAGACGGAAGCCCUAGCAAGGAGAUUGAUAUCAGCGAUGUCAAGUACAACACUUUCCAGAUGAUGAUGUCAUACCUGUACUGUGGAGGAACAGAAUCACUGAAGACUAAUGUAUCCGACCUGUUGGAGUUGCUGUCAGCAGCUAGUCUGUUUCAGCUCGCAGCUCUUCAAAGACACUGUGAACUCAUUUGCUCUCAGCACAUUACCCUGGAUAAUGCAGUCAGCAUUUACAAGAUGGCCAAGGCCCAUGGUUCGGUGGAGCUGAGUUCAUUCUGUGAAGGUUACUUCCUGCAGCAGAUGCCAGCUCUGUUGGAGAGGGAGAGCUUCAGGUGCCUGCUGCUGGGACCUCUCGCAGCCCGACAAGGAAACAACUCCACCUCUACUUUGGUCCACAGCCGGGGAGACUCGCCUCUGGAGGAACUGGAGACUACUUUAGCUCAGCGGCUACGUUCUCUCUAUGUCACCUCUCGAGUGUGAAGGCAACUGGACAGACACUGUGGGGAGAAGAGGCAGAAAUAAGUGGAGGAAUGUGGUGCUUGGAGCAUACGUUUUUAAUCACUGAUAAUAGAUCCAACCUUUUAAAGUUAUCUAUGUGUUGAAUAUGUAGUAGAUGUUUUGUUAGUAACAUCUAAUCCCAUCUCAGUGGUAUUGGAACCAACUUAAUAUGGUACUGAGACAACAAGACAUAAAUGAGCAUUUUAUCUUUGCUCUAUGGACAGAUCAGUGUAUCAUAUGUUGCACCAAGUACUCCACUUUAACACCCACUUACAUUAACACAUAUGAAGAAGAAAAUAAGACAACGUGAUACUUUUCAUUGUGCAAAUCUCCAAGGCUCGGGAAGCUUUACUGGAGAAGCAACAGAUGGAUGCACAAGGUGGGAACCUCAAAUUGUGGAGCACUGCUGCCCUCUAAUGGACAAAACUAGCAAAGUAAAUGAUGGCCUUAGACGAUUGUGAUGGAUGGCACCUUCUCAGUUCAGACUGAAACUAUGGAAAAGGACAAGAGAUGAAGCAUCUACAAGGACAAUAGUUGAUGAAUCUAUUGAAGACAAACAAGUGAGGCAACCAUGCUGGACUUUUGGCUUUGUCUCAUUUCACUAAAUGAAGCAGAGUGGGAGGAAGCCUUGGGUUAAGAAAUGUACUUUUUAUGUAACUAUGUUUUUAUUUUCUAUUUUUAAAAGUAUUACAGGAGAAACAAAACACUUACUGAAGAGUGGGAUGGACAUUUUCUAUUUAAUGAGGAAAAAAAAAAAGAUGUGAGAGUAUUUAACGGGGCGUUUCCCUUUUUAUUUUGUUUUUAAUCCAAGCAAAAUUAUUAAUAUUAUUGUUAAAACAUUGCCUUUGUGUAGCUGUUUCCAGGUACACUCCUAACAGUUCAUUAAGCUUAUGUAUGCUGAGGUUUAAUGCUUUUACACAGCUACAGCAGCAGGUUUCAUUUUGGGAUUGGACUACAUAAAGUCUGUAAUAAUGCUGAACCUUGUAAUAAACCUGGUAAACACACCUCAUUGUGUUGAUUCUGAGUCUACCUUAAGAGUCUGUCUACAUUUGUAUGGACUCACCUGGAAUCCUGGAAAAGAAAUCAGACUUGAAGUGUGCAAACCUACAACAUGACAGUCAUUACAUAUGCAAUAAACAAAUCAAUCACAUAGUUGAAGGAAAGGAGGCACUUAUACAAAAUAAUGCAUUAACCUUACUGUUUCUUCCUGUUUUCAUGCAUUGAACAAACUAUGACUAUAACUUUGGGACUUACCCACACAUGUACAGGCACAAAGAAGAACAAACACCAUAACUGAAUGAGUUUAUUUGUUUCAGCACUGAAGAUGCUCACAGUUAUGUUAUAUGGGGAUUACAUCAGUCAGUUUUGUUCCUGCUCUGUCAAAAGGCCACUCUGGGCCUCAGAAUCAUGUCCUUAGUGCUGCUAGCUUCCCAUUGUAGAAAACAAAGGAGGGUGAACAACAGGGUAUUGCUUUGUGUUUGUAGUACUGAUAUCCCCUCUCUGUGCUUCUUCUACCUACAGGUAGAGAGAGCCCAGACCUCAGAGCCUUCCAGAGAGAGAUACAGAGUAAAGGAAGCAUCGUUCAUAAACUUUGUGCACAAGAUAAGAGGAGGAGGAAGGGAAAGAUCAGUUGGAACAAGGGGACAAUUUUUAACAAAAAAAAAAAGGCCAAACAUAAAAGCAAAGAGUGAAAAAUAAGGGACAGAGGGAGAAUUGAACAUUAAAAGUAGUUUUGUGGAGAGAGAAUUAAUGAAGGCUGAGAGAAGGAGUGAGUUUGGCAUGGAACAAUAACACUAAAGCCAUGCAAAGAAAAGCUCAUGUUUGACAUGCACACAGCAAUACAAGCUAAAAGCAUAGAGCAGGAAUCCCCAGCAUGGUUGAGAAGACAAUCAACCCCCAUGGUUUGUCUGUAUAUUUACAAAGAGAAGAAGUAGACUGGGAUCUGUGAUGUCUUUCUCCUCAGGCCUGGCCUACACGCACAAUAAUAUGAAACUGACAAAUAUCAAUAGAAGAGCAUAUUUCCUCUCCAAAAAGAGGCUAAGUCUACAUUCUUAAAUUACUGGUAAAUCAUUUCCCUUCGCAAGUCCUCUUCCCCUCUGUAGAGAGAUCAGGGAAAAGUGAACUUGAGACUUGUCAAUGUUCACAUAUUUCUGUAAAGUCAGACCAAAACAAAA